AUGCUCUUACACACACACAUACAUAUAUAUAUGUUGCGCGUCUCUCUCUCGGCCAGGAUAGUGGAGUCCAGGUCAGACCGAUCGACGGACAAGAAAUUCUUCCAUCCAGGAUCGCACUGCAGCACUGACAGCGUUGAAGGAAAGUUGAUGCCAAUGGGCCGCUUCUUUUCGUCGACCGGCUAUUGCGCACCGUUUCCGCAUCCAUCCGAGUCCUGUCAGUGCUCUAAUCGUAGGCGGAUGCUGCCUUCAUUGCUCUUCAUCCUCAUCUUCUACCGACAGACGGUGACUGCUGCUUCGUCAUCCUCCGCUUUCGGGAUCAGCGCACCGGUUCCCCUGUCGGCGGAAGCGCUGAGUCUACUGGGAGAUGCCGCCGCCUGGAAUCGAUCGACCAACAGGAGUGUAAGCGAUCGGCCGUCAUUGUCUAACUUGCCAAAUGGUGGCAUCGGAAUGACAGUCAAACCAACCGGUAAUCACCAGCAGUCGGCCGAUUUGUGCGAUCAACUUCACUUGACUGCGCGUCAGAAGCAAAUGUGCGUCCAAGGAGGAGACGGCCUUGCGGAAACACUCCUGGAAGCCAUUCGCAUGUCCGUGUACACAUGUCAGCAGCAAUUCGAGUACGAACGAUGGAACUGCACACCACACGGCCACUCGCGUAUGCUGACCCUGAAGAAAGCGUACAAGGAAACAGCGGCACUGUACGCCUUCUCGGCGGCUGGCGUCGCUCACGCUGUCGCCCGAGCUUGUGCCGCCGGCCGACUCCGCAAGUGCCACUGCGCCGAGUCCGACAACGAAGUGGAAACACGGCAGACCUGGAGAUGGGGCGGCUGCGGCGAUAAUCUCGCCUACGGCAGAACAUUUGCAACGAAAUUUCUGGACUCGGGAUCUAUUGAUAAGGCGCGAUCCAGUAGCGGUGGGAAAUCAAACUCCCGCCUAGGUGCCAAUAAGGACAGCAAACCCAACAAAAAGAAAAAAGCUCCCAAACCCAUAAUGGAGGACGACAUUCACGCCGAGAUGGAGGCUGUUUCACGAGCGCUAAGGAGAUGGAGACGAACCAUCACGUCCAACACAGCUUUGGCGCAUUCCAGUCGGAUGCGAAAGGCGUCGUCGGUCGAGUCCGGCGGCGGCGGAGGCAAUUUCCUCGCCAAUGGUCCGUCUCAUCCCACCAAUAAGGGAUCAAGCCAAACCGGCGGCAAGAAGACCAAAACUGAAAGUCAACGGCAGCGUAUCAAUCGUCACAACAAUGCUGUCGGCAUGAAGGUGGUUGAGCAGUUGGUGAAACGGACGUGCAAAUGCCACGGCGUCAGUGGUUCGUGUUCGGUCAAGACGUGCUGGAAUCAACUGGCAGCUUUCAGCGAGACGGCCGCCGUCAUCAAGAACAGAUACGACAACGCCGUUCAGGUCAACGUCGAGAUCCGCGAAAACGCCAGCCACUUGAGGACGGUGUCAUCGUCAUCGUCGUCGAAGAACCAGGAGAGCAACCGCAUCCUUCCGCAGAGCCGGGCCAAAAAAGCCACCGACCAGCUGGACGAUGCGACGGUGGCUGCGCUGGCGCGGAACACGGGCAGCAGCAACAGCGGCGGCGGCGGUGGCAGUUCCGUGAGCGCGGGCGAUCAUCGAAUCGACCGGAAAGAGUUGAUCUACCAGCAGAGAUCGCCAGAUUUCUGCGUCGCCAAUCCGCUCGGUCCGGGCACGACGGAUCGCCAGUGUCUGCGCGGUGAGAAUUGCGACAUCCUGUGCUGCGGGCGCGGCUACAACGUUCACCGUCUGACCGUUUCAACGCCGUGCAAAUGCAAACUCAUCCUCUGCUGUCAAGUGGAAUGUCAGAAUUGUUUGGUGGAGAAGACCAUCCACACUUGCAAAUGAAACCAAAAAAAAGGCGAAAAUAGAACGACAGCCAAAAAACAAACAAUCAAAUAUUUAGUUUUAAGUGAAUGGGCGGGCACCAAAAAAAUAUAAGAAAGUAUUCGAAUUGAUUAAGCAUUAUUUUAUUUAUUGAUGUAGGAGGAGGUAAUCGAGCGCAUGAUGGCAACAGUUCUGAUUUAAAACUUGGUGUUUUGUUUUAAUUCUACACAUUUAUCAAAAUUCGACAUAAAAUUCUUCAGUAAAAACCAUUUUUAGUUUCUUCUUCGACAUUCAGAUGGCAGGAAGCGCUUGGUUGGACUCUUAAAAUCCGGCAAGUGUUUUCAAAUGAACACCAUUUUGGCGCCGUUUGAAAUUCGUAAGACGUUGCGAUGUAAAUAAUAACGAUGAACGAAGGAUCUUUAGAAACCAGUGGUCAUGUGUUGUCGGAACAUAUUCCGCAAAUCAAAUCAAUCAUUAAUAAUAACCGUAGAAUUACCGUUCGCUUUUCAAAACACAUAUAUUAUUGUGAAGAGAACACACUGCUUGUUUGCCCCCUUGCGCUAGAUGGCAGCUGCUUCAUCUUCGGCUCGUAAAAGAAA